AUGGCGUCAAGGAAGAAGGUCCUCCUCAAGGUUAUCAUCCUUGGUGAUAGCGGAGUCGGAAAAACAAGUUUGAUGAACCAAUAUGUCAAUAAGAAGUUCAGUGGAAGCUACAAAGCGACUAUCGGAGCUGAUUUCCUCACAAAGGAAGUUCUUGUCGACGACCGACUGGUGACAAUGCAGAUCUGGGAUACUGCAGGCCAAGAACGGUUCCAGUCAUUGGGAGUCGCCUUCUACCGUGGAGCUGACUGCUGUGUACUGGUCUACGACGUGAACAACUCUAAGAGUUUUGAGGCCCUCGACAGUUGGCGUGAUGAGUUCUUGAUCCAAGCAAGCCCGAGAGAUCCAGAGAGUUUUCCAUUCGUAAGUUGUUCCUACACAUUCCUGUUCCUUAUCUCGUGUGCAGCAGCAGCACCAGGCAAGAAUGAUAUGUUGGUCCGUGCUGAUGGUCAUGUGCAGGUUGUGAUCGGCAACAAGGUCGAUGUAGAGGAGAACAAGCGCAUGAUCUCCUCAAAACGGGCUAUGACCUUCUGCCAGUCGAAGGGUAACAUUCCUUACUUCGAGACCAGUGCCAAGGAAGCAAUCAACGUCGAGCAAGCAUUUGAAGUUAUUGCGCGGAGUGCACUUGCCCAGGAAGAGGCUGAGGAAUUCAGCGGUGAAUUCAGCGACCCAAUCAACAUCCAUCUAGACAAUGACCGUGAUGGCUGUGCCUGUUGA